CAAAACAUCAACAAAAAGCCAACCUCACAUUCAUCUGUCAUGUUAUUGUCAUUGCUUUAUUAACUUCUACACAAGUUUAUUAUAAUUAUCAAUUUACUAAUUAUUGUUUUGAAGUAAUUAAAAUAAUGAGGAUUACAAGUGAAAGUACUAUUAUCAGCCGCAAAUAAGUGAACCGAAAGUUCACUGCUGUCACCGUUAUCACUAAGUUAUUGCAUGACUCACUGGAUAAUGUUGGACACAAUAGGUCUACUGGUGCUAACGGGGCUCCUAUGGGGUUGCACUAACCCCUUCAUCAAGCGGGGCACGAAAGGUCUUCGCGACGUGAGAGCUAAGACCUGGCCCGCACAGGCGUGGGCUGAGGUCUGCUUUCUACUCGGCAACUGGAGGUACGUGUUACCUUGGCUGGUGAACCAACUGGGCUCACUCGCGUACCUGUUCGCCGUUCGCCGCGCGCCGCUCUCACUAGCCGUGCCGGCAGCCAACGGGUUAGCAUUCGCCGCCACCGCCGCCACUGGCGCUGCGGUCGGGGACCGGCCGCUAGACAAAGGUUCGAUUCUCGGGAUAGUGCUGAUCGUUUCGGGCACGGGGCUAUGCUGCUGGGACCAGGUGGACUAGCGGUUAACAGGUUUUGUGACGUGUUAAUUAUGUGAUAAGAUAUCUAUUAUAUUAUGUAGGGAUGGAUCGUAAGUGCCAGUUCAGACACAGCGGAAACCGCACAGAUGCAAACCGCGCGCGGAUCGACUGCGCGGAUUUUAUUCUAAUAGCAUAGUACUGGAACGUUCACACUACAACCGCGCGGUGUAGUGUGAACGGUCUAGUACUAUGCUAUUAAAAUAAGAUCCGCGCGGUUUCCGCUGUGUCUGAACUAGCACUAAGUUAAGGUAUAUAAAAUCGCCGUCAAAAGAAAUAGGUCCCAAAUUCUGAAAAUGCCAGUCUAUGAAAGUACGAGUAUUAAAACAAAAUAAUUGUUUCCAUAUAAUUUAUUGUUUCUCAUUUAAUUUCUACAUCUAUUUUUUGCAUCUAAAUGUUUCAAUAAAUAUUGCACGUUCAUACGUAUCUUAUUUGAUUAGUUAAUUACAAAUAAAUAGGCACUGGAAAUAAUAUAUUUCGCAAAAUAUAGAAAAUAUACUUAAACACUAUCAGUUGCUUCGGGAGAUGUAGAUUUUUUAUUUAUUUAAUGUUAUGAUAAGAGUACGCAACUCCCGAACACAACUUACCUUAAUGUAUUUAAGUUAUACAUCGAAAUACAAAUAUAUUUUUACU